GAAGAAGCGAUUGGAAAUAACGAGAGGCUACGCGCGCGCGCAGUGCUUCGUACGUACGUGCCAGCAGGCCGGCGCCGCCGUCGUCGUCGUACGUCACCGACAACAUGUCUUUCACCGGCACGCAGGACAAGUGCUCGGCGUGCGAAAAGACGGUCCACUUCAUCGACCUCCUCACGGCCGACGGCGUCAUCUACCACAAGACCUGCUUCAAAUGCAGCCACUGCAAAGGGAUCCUCUCGAUGUGCAGCUAUUCUUCCAUGGACGGUGUCCUCUACUGCAAGACGCACUUCGAGCAGCUCUUCAAGGAGACAGGGAGCUUCUCAAAGAAGUUCACACCGGGUAACAAAUCUGGCGACAAGAGUGAACUGACAAGGGCCCCAAGCAAGCUAUCCGCUGCCUUCUCCGGUACUCAGGAUAAGUGUGCAGCCUGCACGAAAACAGUGUAUCCACUCGAAAAGAUGACUCUGGAGGGCGAUGCAUACCACAAGAGCUGCUUCAAGUGCUCCCACGGGGGCUGCAUCCUAACCACCUCCUCCUAUGCCGCCCUCAACGGCGUCUUGUACUGCAAGAUCCAUUUCGGGCAACUGUUCAUGGAGAGAGGAAGCUACAGCCACAUGAAGAAGAAGAGCCCCUCGCAGGAGGUGUUGCCCGAUUUGGUGGCGGCGGCCGAAGGGCAACCGGAGGCAGAGGCGGCACCGCCGCAAGAUGGGGAAUAGAGAGGAAAAUUAGGAAAACACGGAACUUAUAUACACAUCACAGCCUGUAACUCAUGUUGUUACCUUUUCUACAUUGCUGCUUUAUUCCCCCCUAUUUUUUGGUUCCUCUGUGAGCUUGGUUUGUCAAGCUGUAAGUACUGUACUAAUACCUUCCUUUCUAUAUGAGACUCGUGACAACCGUGGCAA